AUGGCCGAAAAGGAUCCUAAGCACCUUGAGAAUGCCGACGAGGCAGAAGUUCUCAAGGAUGAUUCCUCGCCGCCUUCCAACCAUGCCUUGGACAUAUCCGGCGUCAACAAGGCCAAGGUGUUAAGGAAGAUGGAUCUACGCAUCAUCCCGAUCGUCACCGUCUUAUACCUCUUCUCAUUCCUGGAUCGCGGAAACAUCGGCAACGCUCGUAUUCUUGGCAUGGAAGACGAGCUCGGUCUUGUCGGCAAUCAAUACUCCCUGUGUUUGACCGUCUUCUUCUUCCCAUACUGCGCUUUCGAAUUGCCUUCCAAUAUCUUGUUGAAGAAGCUCCGACCUUCGAUAUGGCUCCCUUCAAUAAUGAUUGCGUGGGGUUUGUGUACCACAUUCAUGGGAUUCUGCCAGAACUAUCACGGCCUGCUCAUUGCCCGAAUCUUCCUUGGGGUGGGCGAGGCUGGUCUUUUCCCGGGAGUCGCCUACUACCUGACAAUGUGGUACGCACCCGAAGACCUUGCGUUCCGCCAAGGGAUGUUCUUCUCCGCCGCCUCGGCCGCAGGAGGCUUCUCGGGUCUCCUCGCCUACGCCAUCAACAAAAUGGACGGUCUCGGCUCUUUCUCCGGCUGGAGGUGGAUCUUCAUCAUCGAAGGUGCAGUCACGGUCGCUGUCGCCGUUCUCUCAUUCUUCCUGAUCCAGGACUUCCCGGACAAGGCCAAGUUUUUGACUCCCGAGGAGAAGGCGUGGGCCAUCGAGCGCGUCAAGUACGCCUCAUCUGGCCGCCGUGCUGGGGAGACCGGGAAAGUUGAGGAGACGGCAGAGGCUUUCAAGUGGAAGUACGUGCGGGCUGGCUUGUUGGACUGGCAGGUGUGGGUGGCUAUCAUCGUCACAUGGGGCUCCUCCUGCGUCCUCUACGGCAUCAGUUUCUUCCUACCCACGAUCGUCAACCAGCUCGGCUACACCGCCAACGCGGCCAACCUUCUCACCAUCCCGAUGUACGUCGCCGCCUCACUUGCCACCGUCGCGCUCGCCUGGCUCUCCGACCGCCGCCGCGUUCGCUACCCAUUCGUCCUGGCCAUGCAGCUGCUGCUGGUGCUAGGCUUCAUCUUCUGCAUCGCCGGCUCCGCCGUCGGCGGCGGCACCAAGCUCGCGGGUCUGCGCUACGCGGGCGUCUUCCUCGCCACGCUGGGCUGCUAUCCGUACUACAUCGUGAAUCUGACGUGGGUGGCCACGAAUGUGAGCCCGACGUACAAGCGCGGCGCGGCGAUGGCGCUCCAGAUCGGUUUUGGCAACCUGGGGGGCGCCAUGGCGAGUAACUUUUACAGGACCCAGGACGCACCGGGGUAUCUGAUGGGGCAUGGUAUCGAGAUGGGUUUCGUGGUGCUGGCCAUUGUGUUUGGUGUCUUGUUGCGGUGGAUGUAUGGGCACAUCAACAAGAAGAGGGACGCCGAUGUGGGUGCCGCGGACAGGUAUUCCGACAAUGAGUUGGCUGAGAUGGGGGAUCGUGCACCGACAUUUCGAUAUAACUACUAG